CGGUUCAGUUCGUCUCUGAAGGAGGAUGUGGCUCUGGCUCCUCACUGGCCUGGGUCGCUGUGCCUGAGAGCGGCCGCAUGUUAUGUCCUGGCUGUGCCUCUGUGUCCCUGCUGCGCCCCACGGCUCCUCCUCACAUGGCAACGACUGUGGCUUCUAGUCCAGGCAGUUCAGCCUCUGGAGUGGGCCCUGGGCCCCGUCCAGGUGACCCCCUACACCCCGCGGCUCACCGAGACUUGGUCUUCAUACGCCUGAGACAGCCCUCCCAAAUUGCCCCAUGCUCUUACACCCCUGGCAGAAGCCGGGGGCUUUAAUUACUUGACGUCCUCGUCUCCAGUCCAGAUGUUGGCCCCACCUCAUCAGGAGUUGACCGAGACUGAGGCUCCAUACCCGGACACGGAUUCCGUUGGAGAGCUCCCUACAGGGCCAGAUCAGUUUGCUGUUCCACAUCAGUAUCUGAAUAACGAGCAAAUCCAACAUUAAAAGCUCCCAGAGGCGGUUCCAGUGCUAGAGUGGGAUCAGAAUCAGCCCUUGGUUCUGCCUCCUCGACACAAAAGUAAGACUAAACACAUAGGUCUAGAUCAGGCUGAAGGUCACCAAUCAUUUGAAAUACUUGUUCCACCUCUAGGUAGUAAGAGCUCAAAACCAAUGAGCUUUAUUGUUUCACCCCCAAACCUGAAGAAAGAUCUAGUUCAGCAUCGACGGCUUGCCAAAGUUGUUGUUGGAACUAUAGGCCAAUUUGAAAAAAAAAACACUCAGGAUCUAGAACAACAGUUGCAGGGUGAUUAUUUACAUCCCAGCAAGGAUGCCUUUUAUCCUGAGGAGAGCAUACCUAGGGAUUUUCUGGGGAGCCCAGAUGAACCUCCAGAGCACCCUGAGGAAGCUGAAAUUUCUGCAUCCCAGCAGGAGGCCCAAACUCGUCAUCCAGAGCUCACUGAGGAGGCUGAAUCUUUACCUCAUCAAGAGGCCCCUGCUCAGCAUCCACAGACCCCUGAGGACGUUGAAUCUUUUUCACCCCAGGCAGAGGCCCAGGCUCAGCAUGCAGAGCCCACUGUGGAGGUAGAACCACCUCCACUUCCGCAGGAGGCUCCAUCUCAGCCUUCAGAGGCCCCUGAGGAACUAGAAACUUCAAGUCCUCAGGAGGCCCUUGCCCGGCCUUUGGAGACACUUAAGGAGGUCACUAAAGAGGUUGAACCUUCUCCAGUCCAGCAGAAGACCCCACCUCAGCCUCCAGAGCUCCUUAAGGAAGUUGUAGCUCAGUCUCCAUUGUAUCCCGAGAAUGGCUGCAUCAUUGGAAACGCUACUCUGCCAGGAGGAACCGGCCCUGGAAACACUACCCAUAGGAACGUCUCCACUGCAGACAACAGUAUGCCAGCUGUUCAACACAGCAACAAAACACAAUGGGAGCACCACAACAUGGUCACUGAAUUAUCCUCUAAGCCCACAGGCUUCACUUUCCCAGGGCUCGCAUCCCCGGGUGAUCAAGUUGAAACUCAGCUAAACCAGCAGCUCUGGUCCCUCAUCCCCAACAAUGACGUGCAAAGGCUCAUUUCUCAUGUUAUCCAGACUUUGAAAAUAGACUGCUCGGACACCCACGUGCAGCUGGCCUGUGCCAACCUCAUCUCUAGAACAGGCCUCCUGAUGAAGCUUCUCAGCAAGCAGCAAGAAGUAAAUGUGUCCAAAGCGGAAUGGGAUAUGGACCAGUGGAAAGCUGACAACUCUAUCAGUGAGAGCACGGAAGCCCAGAGUGAGCAGAAAGAGCAGGAGUCAAGUGAGCUCACAAAAGAAGUUCCAGGGUAUGGCUAUAACAACAAACUCAUCGUAGCAGUAUCUGUACCUGUAGUAGUGAUGAUUUGUGUUACAAUUCUCUGUCUCAUUGAGGUAAGGACAAUAAUUAAUUCAGAUUCAGAACCCAGAAACUGAGAAUCAAAUCCACCUUUCCACCUACUACUACU